AUGCCUGAGAUAGUGGCCUCGAGGAAGCGCCCAGCGCCUUCGAGGACGAAAAAAGGUACCGCUACCGCGGCGAAGAAGGCGCCACCGAGCAAGAAGCGCAAGCUGGAAGUGCCGCGAUCAGAGACCCCGGCCUCUCGCGUGUCGAAGGCGCCAACACUGAAGGCGGCAAGCAGUCAAGGCUCGCCGGCAAACUCUUCGCCCGCGCGUUCCACACGUUCGUACUCCGCCGAAGCGGACGAUGAGCCAUACGGCGACGAAGCGGAUCCAGAUGAGGAUGUAGAAGGAGACGGCGCGGUCUAUUGCAUAUGCCGCAAGCCCGAUAAUGGCACUUUCAUGAUCGGGUGCGAUGGGCCUUGUGAAGACUGGUUCCAUGGCAAGUGCGUGAGUGUUGAGGAGCGCGACAAGGACCUCAUUGACAGGUACAUCUGUCCGAACUGCACGAAAGCGGGAGUUGGGAGAACGGCGUGGAAGAGAGUGUGCAGGCGCAGCGGGUGUAGAAAGCCUGCUAGGGCGAGCAAGGGCAAGAGUGGAAAAGAAGGGAGCAAGUACUGCUCGGAAGAAUGUGGCGUGCUAUACUUCCGCGAGAUGGUGGCACGGACGAGGAACAGAGAGGAUACGGUCAAGAAUCGGAGCAAUAGAAGGAAGAGCAGCCUCGUCAGCACAGACAAGCCGGACAUGGAUGACGAUCUCGGCGCGAAAGGCGGCGUGCUGAGCGCGGGCGAGGUGAAGAGCUUGGUGAACGCUUCCAAGACUGCCGAAGACUUCAAGAAGCUCGGUGAGGGCGUGCUAAGCCCUCCUGCGACGCCAGAUGGCAAAGAGACGGCAGAUCUGGCAUUCACAGAGGCGGAGACUACGGCCCUCGAGCAAAUCCGUCGCUCGAAGGAGGAGGCGCGACGCAGGCAUCAGCUUCUGAAGGAUCGCAUGAAGUUCGUCACCAUGGUCAAGCAAGCCGGGAGCCGCACGGCGACGGAGCGAGAUCUGAAGCCGAAGGAGUACUGUGGCUACGACCCGCGUAUCGAAUGGACGGAGGAGCAGUUUGCUACCUGGCGGGACUCUACGUCUGGUAAACAAGCUUUCGAGCUGGAGACGCUGGCGGUAGAGAAUAGUGGGAAGGAGCAUACUGAUUACGGCGGUGGCCAUGACGUUGAUAUGGAAGGUGCGAAUGACGACAGCAUCUACGCCCAGAUUGCCAUCUGUGAUCGCAAGAAGUGCGCUCGGCACCUUGAGUGGGGUAAGCUGGCUGUGGACGACUUGCGGUUUGAGAUGGGCGAUAACUCGGAUAAUAUGCGGGCGCUCGAGAAGGAGGAGAAGGAUCUUAGGGAGCGAGCGGCGCUGAGGGCGAAGAUUGGUGCGAGCUUUCGGGGUGAGGGGGAGGUUGAGGUGCAUAGGCUGGAUAUUGUGAGCGGGGGUAAUGAAGAGGACAUGGGGGUGGUGGGAGGGGAGAACUCAGUGGAAGCGGAGGGCAGCGACAACCUCCCACCCCCGCCGGCAGCUCCUGUGGCGGGUGGGGAGGCGAUGGAGGUGGAUGCUGCAGCUUGA